AUGCAUUCACUUGUCGAUGUUAAUGAACGAUUUGUUCACUUACUAUUUGAUCCUUUUUAUAUUCAAAAUCUUAAUAUUACACUUAUGACUAUCAAGUCAUUUUAUCAACGUACAUUUUCCUUACAUGAACAAGUUCUUUCAAAUAUUUGUGAAAACAUUUUACCAAAUAUUCAUGAUCAAGUUAAAAAGCUUACUAUUGAACAAAAUUCAAUAGAACGUAUACUUACUUAUAAUUAUGCUCAACUUUAUUCAUUAUCACUUGUUAAUUUUAAAGAAGAAAUACUCUAUCAAUAUCUAAGAGAUCAUUCAGCUCUUCGUAAUCUUCUUACACAUCAAAUCACACAUCUAAAUGUUGAUAUUCAGAGUGAAGUACCAAAAUUAUUGUCUAAAACUUCAUCAUAUAUAUUAAUAAUAAUUUUGUUUCGAUGUCAACGAUUAAUCAGUUUGAAUUUUUGUCAAGUAUUUUCGUAUCGAAAUUCAUUCCUUUCGAUUUAUAAAUUACCAGAAACAAGUUGUUCUUAUUCAACUUUAAUGGAAUUAAAAAUAAAUGUUGCAACUAUUAAUGAUUGUCUUUGUCUUCUUGACGGACGUUUCGAUUCCUUAUCAAAACUAACUAUUAAUAUGAAAAAAGUCGGAUAUGAACUUGAAAAAAAAAACAACGAGAUAAAACUUCCCAAGUUGAAAUACUUCUCAUUAACUUCAUUUAGUUUUAUACAUCACUUUGAUGAAUAUAUUAUUCCAUUACUUCAUCGAAUGAUAAAUCUUGAAGAAUUAAUAUUAUUUCUAACAGUAAUAAGGACUGAUUCAACUUUUAUUGAUGGUAUUGAAUUAUAUGAUCAAGUACUUGUACACAUGUCACAACUAAACAAAUUUAUUUUCAGUAUAAAUACUAGUGUUUUUAUUGAAAACAAUGAAAUGGAUGUACCAUUAAGUGAAGAUAUUCAAAAUAGUUUCAUUGGAAGAGAAUAUGGACAAAUUGGUUCAUAUGUACAUUUUGAACCAAGAAAGCCAAAAAAUAGAAUCAUCGAUUUUGAAGAAGCAAAAGCUAUAGUCAAAUCUCAUAUCUAUUCACUUCCAUAUCAAUUCAAAAGUUUUCU